CAAAUAAUAUUUCAGCUACAUAUUCCUUACGACCAAUUACUCAAGGCAUCAAUAUUAUUGUCAGAUUUUGUAUACGACUUUGAAGUUCUCUAUGUCCAGCAUAAAACCUCUUGCCUUCAUUUUGUGCCACAAUGCAUGCAUGCCAUUACACACACACCUAGCACCACCUUUCGAAUCGGUCCUCUUGGAUGCUCAUUGCAGUUUCCCAUGGAGCAAACCAUAGGAGAUUUGGGUGCAGAAACUAAGCAACUAUCAAAUCCCUUUGCAAACCUGGCGCAGCAUGCACUU